AUGAUUAAUUGUGUAGAUCAACAACAUCGAUUUGUUUAUUCUUUAAGUGUAACCUUAAUUCAACGAGCAAUGAUCGUACUUCUGGACAAUACCCUUCAUGCUUAUGAUGAUCCUGUGCGACUAUUCUUUGAUUAUGUGCGGUAUAUAUCCCGCCAGGUAACUAUAUUUCGUGUUAUAUCUACACAAACAUCUUCAAUUUCUGAGUAUCUUACAAAUGCCAAAACUACGGGAGACUAUCUCAAGGGGGAAGUUGGACCCACAAAUUUUAGGGAGAUUUGGAGUGGACAACGAUACGGGCCUGCUUUCAAUGCAAGCAUUGAAAAAUAUAAAGACAUUCAUUCAAAAAAGGACGAUUAUGUAAGUAUUAUACCAUUAGUCAAUCAACAUGACGAAUUCUUGAAAAGAUGGUAUAUUUUAAAUGAGGCAAGAUCUCACUUUAAGUUACCACAUGAAAUAGCUAUUGAUCCUGUAAAAAGAUUGGUAAAGUCUUUAAAAUCGGCUAUUCGACAUUUUAGUCGGAACAUUGAUGUCCCGUACCCAGAUCCAAAUUGGGUUCUCAAUUACUUUAUUGUUACACCUAACCAGGAGAAAAAGAUAAAAGAAAUGCUGAAAAUAAUGAAGGGAAUGGGUGUCCCAUUGCCAAUAGUAAGCAUUGUUGAUAUCAUCAAAGAGUACCAAGAUGUUUUACUCGAAAUGAAAUGCUCUAAAUUUUUGAAGGAUUCUGUUCCGGUGAGUGACUUUGCAAGGUAUUGUAUUGUGUUGCGGCAUCAUAUAUUUGGAGCAGAUCCAAGGGCGAGGAAGGAUUUGGUUUUGUUUUGGAAACUUAUCUGGGAAGAGUGGAAUUGUACAAGCGAUGAGGAGAGAAGUAGGAAAAUGAUUGGGGAUGUUGGGUUGCAUCGAGGUUGGGCAGAUGAUGAUGAAAUGGGAUUGUUUAUUGAAUCAAGUGAGGGCAGUGAGGAAGAAAUUAGCUGGAAUAUUGAUGAUUCUCUUGAGUGUGUACUUGAAGAUACCAUUGGUGAAUCCAGCACUUACACCUCUGAUGUCUCACCACGUCCUAUUGCCAAAGAGCUCGUAACCCAUCCAAACGAAGGUUUCACAGAUAGUAGAUUUGACGUUGAUAUUACUGAUACAAACCGAACAUUGAGCCUCGAAGAUACACAGUCUCUAGCCGGUGCUGAUGCCACCGAUAUCACACAUGAUUUACAUAAAGAAGAUCAAACCAUAGAUUUGGAGCUAAAAGCAGCUUGUGCUAAAAGUUCAGAACCUCAGAUAGUUUUGGAAAAUCAAGAUUACAAUGAAGACAAGUCACAUAUGUCAACCAGUUCUGUCAGCGAAAAUCUAGACAUAAAUAAAAAUGAGUUGGAAAUGACACUGGUUUCAGAUCACUUAAAUGAAACUCCCAACGAAAUUAAGGGGGCAGAUAAAGAAACAAAAGAUGAGAUUCAUGUCGAAAAUCUGGGUACUUGUGAACUUUCAUUGGUCUCGGAUACCUAUACAUCUCGACUAUCGAAAAUUUCUCCUACAUCUCCAGGAUAUGAUGCAGAUACGAAUGAGGAACUAUGCGAUAUUGAUAACGUUAAUAUAGAUCAAAUACUAGAAGAUGGUAUUGAGCAAUAUUUUCCUCAGUCUAAAAUUGUACCAGCAAAAAGCUUUAGAUCCGAUUCAAUUUUCUCGGCCAUUUCUACAGCAACAGAUAUUGAUCCAGAUCUUUUCAAAGAACCUGGUGCCUUAACGGCAAUGCUUGAUGUUUCUUCAUCAUCCGCGGGCUCCAGUGCAUUGAACUCCGAGCUUGAUAAUGAUGAUAUAAUUAUACCCCUAAGGUCCCUUGAAGGAAAAGACGAAACUAUUCCUGAAAAGAUAGACAUGUUUGAAAAAUUAAGUGGACACACGCGUAAGCAUAGGCAAUUAAACCAUGGCAUAUCUUACGAAGACACAGUGGCAAGUGAAGCUGAAACUGAAAAUGUCAAGAGGAUUCUUAAGCCAGCUAUCAAAAGAGCCGAUACCAGUACUGUUUUAGAACUCAAGGAAUUUAUUGAAAAUAAGCCGGAGCUUAUAUCACUAAAAACAGUAACAGAUUUUGAAGACCCCAGAAAAGCAAUUGCCAAAAAACAUUCUGUGAAGAAAGGUAGAUCUAUAUCCGAAAUAUUUUCAGCAUUGUUGGAUGACAACAUGAGAGACCUCUCUGUUUCGGCGGAGUAUAAAAACAAGAUCGUCAGACCACAAGAUUUGUACAAUAGAAUAAAAAUUGAUUCUGAUAAACCGUGGGAACUAUUAUCGAGACGAACAAAAGAGAAAUAUUAUGGAGCAUUUUUGAGAAGAUAUGAUGAUGUCAUCAACACCCCUGAGAGUGGGAAACUUGUACUGUCGGAUCUUUUAGAGAUAGUUAAAGUUUGCGUUGACUUCAAUGAUUACAAACAUAAAGUAAUUCAAUAUGCUAUAAAUAUAGUUGACCAGGAUGAUCUUUCGUCCAGGCAAAGUAGUACUGACAAUGAUAAUUCAGACAUUGAAAGCUUAAUGAGCCUGAAGAGUAGGAAUAGUCAUCGGAGUAUUCAGAGUCUAGCAAACAACCAAUUCAUAUCAUCGAUGAAUAUGCAAAGAGGAUCGUCAAAUAAUAGCUUCAACAGUAUGCAGGGUUUAUUCAAAACAGAAAAUUCGUAG